CCCUAGUCGGGUGACAUCAUAUAUAAUCAUUGACUGCUGCUCAUGGAUUAAGUUGUGAAGCGGUCUUGACAAUCGGUUGUUCUAUAGGUUUGUAACGUUUUAAUAAGGUUAGGCGAAGAUUGAUCAACUUAAAUUGCCAUCAGAGGUCACCAUGAGAUCAAGGCCAUCCACACCGUGUACACCUUUAUCUCUCUCCACGGAAAACCCCCUGACCAGGAGGUCACGCAGCACCGACCCCACUUCCCCUUACACCACGGAGGAAUAUAAAUACAGGAAAACGCGCCACCAUUUCCAGCGCCUUAUAAGCGAGAAUACAUCAUGUGUCAUCAAGUGUGUGGUAGUUAUCUCCCUUGGGCUUAACAUCGUCGCGAUCCCUGCUUUGGUCGGCGUGGUGUUUGGGCCUGUCAUGCAUUGGUCUUGCAAUCUGAAAGAUAAGCUGUCAAACAACGUAUGCCUACCCUGUGGAGAGGAUGGAGUACCCGGGGUGGAUACAAAGCGCACAGAGAGCGGAUACUGCUGCGUUGAGGCUUCCAACCCAGAUCUGCAAGCUCUUCUUGAGAAGAAACUUAUUCGGACCUCUCCUGUUCUGGGCAAUCGUCGCAAAUGUGAACCAGAUGGAUCCGGACAGAGGAGGACUAAAAGCCGGAAACCACUGAGGCCCCUUACCCUGGCCAGGCUUAUCCUGGAUGUUAAGGCGACCAAACACGACAGGGAGUUCAGAUGGUUAGGGGAUGAUCCACAUGGCCUCGCUUUCGUUCAAGGCGAUCUGUCAUUCGACGGGGGGUCGUUUCAAGUGCUGAAAGGUGGAAUAUUCCGAAUCCGGAGUCAUCUCAGUUUUGACACAUAUUUCAACAAGUUACCCCGCGCAGCUGAUCAUAUACAGAAUCACGAUGUCUUGAAGAAGAUGCAUGGUGGAUACGAUACUUUAAUGACGGAGAAAGUGACUAUAAAAAACCGGACGUACUUGUCGUCUGACAUUGACCUUACUAUUAAACUGCGCGCCAACGACAGCGUGUGUGUAAACGUGAACACUUUCUCGCUGCUGUACAAUCUUCCAUUAGCGAAUACUUUUGAGAUUGAGAGAAUAUCGUCUUGAGAAUGCUGACAGGAAUGCUGGAAUGUGUGCGCGUAUGUGCGUGUGCGUGUGCAUGGUGGGAUGAGUAUAGGCUUAAUAGUAGAAGUAUGCCACACUGUGAAUGAAUGGGGUGAGGUGUGGCGGGGUAAUUUAUCCAAGCACAAACCGGCAGGAACUUAAUCGACCUCGCCAAUUGUUAGAUUGAAAUGCUGGAUGUCUUGUAAAAAAACGGGUUGUGAACAAAAUACGGAAAUUACCGAUAUUUUGCGAAUGCAAAUCGAUGGAAGGGAGAUAACUCUAAAUCUG